AUGCAGAAAUUUCAGUAUCUAAGAGGGGCGGUCUCUGGCGACGCGGCCAGCGUUAUUCAGUCAUUGGAAAUAUCCGAUAAGAAUUACGAAGAAGCAUGGAAUCUUUUGAGGGAACGUUACGACAACACUCGCGUAAUCGUAUACACUCACAUUCGGAAAAUCUUAGAGAUACCGGUAAUGCCAAAGGAAAACGUUCUCGAGCUGCGAAAGAUGGCGGACAAUACCUCGAAGCAUAUUCGAGCGCUUGUUUCCCUGAAAGUCUCGGCCGACAAAUGGGACGACAUUCUCGUGUGCAUUUUAACCUCAAAAUUGGACGCUCUCACAGCUCGUGAAUGGCAUCAUUCCUUAAAAGAUUCCUCAUUGCCUUCUUUAAAACAAUUUUUAAGUUUCAUCACUCGGCGGUGCCAGGCCUUAGAGGGCAAUCAAAAACUUGCCCCAGCCACCGCUACCUCCCGGUUAGAUUCAAAGCGACAAUCAGCAGCUCACGCGGCCACAAUAAAUGCUAAGUGCGCCUAUUGCCGUGGAGAUCAUCCCAUUUACUAUUGCGCCGACUUUUUAAAGUUGUCAGUAGACAAGCGUAUCAAAGAAGUCCGAAAACGCAAAUUGUGCGUCAAUUGCCUGCGCGCAGCGAGUCACACUUCCGCGCAAUGCAAUUCGCGCUCUUGUCAGACGUGCGACAGCAAGCACAACACUCUUCUUCAUUUAGAGACCUCUAAAGAUGUCAGCAAGGACGUCGUUUCAAAAAAAUCGAAUUCCGAAGAAACCGCGUCCCAGACCACGGUAGCAACACAUAGCGCCGUGCAGAAUUGUAAUGACGACGUGUUACUUUCAACGGCCGUCAUAUACGCCGUCGACCGCCAAGGUUCAGCCAAAACAUGUCGCGCGCUACUUGAUUGUGGCUCACAAGCCAAUUUUAUUACCAAGAAAUUCUUCGAAACGUUGAACCUAAAAUCGCGUCCGCUGAAUAUCUCCAUAAAAGGUAUAAAUCGGGUAACUUCAACCGCGCAUCACGUUGCGACAUUGACCAUUCAAUCGCGCGUAAAUUCCUUCGCGACUCCCAUCGACUGCAUAAUUACCAACCAAAUCACAGGCCAGUUACCUGCGUUAACGAUAAAUCGCAAGAACAUAGCAAUACCGCACAAUAUAAAAUUAGCCGAUCCGCAAUUUCACGUAUCCUCGGAAAUCGACCUGUUGAUUGGCGCCGAUUUGUUUUGGCAAUUACUAUGCGUGGGCCAGAUUAAGUCGCUCGAGGACUGUCCGAUGCUUCACAAGACGGUCUGGGGUGGGUACUAG